AUGGCAAAGCGCGAACCCGAGAAGGUCGCUAAUUCGAGGAAAUCAAUUAAAGCGGUGGACCAUAAUGAAGGAUUUGGCCAUUUUACUAUUGUCAAUCGUAAUUCGAAAAUAAAAAGAAUAGCUCCAAAUCUAUUCCUUUUUUUUUAUUACAUUGAUGAAGAAAAUGUCCAAUUGUGUUGGAGGAAAAAUGAAGUCAAUUCUAGAGAAUUGUGCCAUCAUAGAAUAUUAAAAAUGCAAAUCCCGUUCCAAAAAAACCUAAAAAUGUCAGAAACAUAUAUGGGAAAGAAAUCCAAAAGAUCUCGUAAAAGAGACGAACUAUUAGAGAGAUUAUUGAAUAAAGUGCAAAAUAUAGAAGAGAAGUUGGAGAUUCUACCAGAUAAUUCUGAAAAUAAAGCGCCGAAUAACCAAGAGAAUCUAGAAGAACACACCAGGAAUACACCAGAAUCAUCCACAAGUGUGUCAGAAGCAUUGGUGGAUAUGACGGCUGAGGAAAACAGGGAAGACGAGCCUAAUGAGGAUUGGAUAAAAUUCCUGGGUGAUGACCCAACUUCCAGUCAGGCAGAAAAACUGCAUAUUAAUGGAGAUCUUUUGAAGAGAUGGGUAUUUUUCUGUAAAGAAGGAGUAAAGAAGGAAGAUCUAGAGUCACUUAUGAGUAAAUAUGCAUGUGUAUGGGAACUAGAAACCCCAAAACUAAAUGCGCAAAUCGCGGCUGCCAUGAAGGACAUUGCCAUUGUAAGAGAUAAACAUAUGGUGGAAAUUCAAAAGAUGGCAGGAACAGCUCUGUCAAUCUUGGGUUCAGUGGUUACCAAUAUUUACCAGGAGAGUAAUGACUUUGAUUUGGAAAAAUUCUUGACACGUAUACGUGAUUCGGAGAAAAUUCUGACUGCCAUUAUACAAAAACAGUCAUAUACAAGAAAGGCCUUCAUUGAACCUGUCUGA